UGGAUAAGAAGAGAGAAGAAACAAUCCUCAUUCCAUUAUAUAUUACUAGUUUAAUCAACAGAACAUUCGUUUACAAUUUCCUUAUUUUUCAAUUACAAAUACAGAAAAACAAAAUGACUAAUCAAAGCAAAGUCAAUCCUCUUCUCGAGACACAGUUCGAUUUUGAUUAAGAAGAUCGUCGCGUCCGGGUUUUAGAUUGGCUUGAACAAGUGUUCUCCGGCAUAAUAACCACCACACAAGACAGAGAGAGAGAGAGAGAUGGAUAUACUUAACGGGGAGACUGACAAUUACGAUGGAGUUACCGUGACCAUGGAUGAGCCAAUGGAUGCUGAAGUUUUCACCCAUAGGCUCAGGGCUUCCCUUUCCCAUUGGAGAGAACAGGGGAAGAAGGGGAUUUGGAUAAAGCUACCUCUUGGAUUUGCUAAUCUUAUCGAGUCUGCUGUUACUGAAGGGUUUAGAUAUCAUCACGCGGAGCCAGAGUACUUGAUGCUUGUGUGUUGGAUCUCAAACACCCCUGAUACUAUCCCUGCCAAUGCUUCUCACAUUGUUGGUGUUGGUGCUCUUGUCCUCAACAAAUCCACUCGAGAGGUCCUCGUUGUCCAGGAAAAGAGUGGUUAUUUCAGAGACAAGAAUGUCUGGAAGCUCCCUACUGGUGUUGUCCACGAGGGCGAGGAUAUUUGCGAUGGAGUAGCUAGGGAAGUGGAAGAAGAAACUGGUAUUAUUGCAGAUUUUGUCGAAGUGUUGUCUUUCAGGCAAAGCCACAAAGCAUUCUUGAAACAGAAAACCGAUCUGUUUUUCCUCUGUGUCUUAACUCCACGCUCUUACGAUAUCACUGAACAAAAAUCUGAGAUCCUGGAAGCUAAGUGGAUGCCGAUCAAAGAAUACGUAGAUCAGCCAUGGAACCAGAAGAAGGAGAUGUUCAAGAUCAUGGCUGAGAUCUGCGAGAAGAAGUGCGAUGAAGACUACGUGGGAUUCUCCACUGUGGAAACUGUCACAGGAACUGGUAAAAAGAGCUUUGUCUACUGCAAUGCUGAUCACGCCAAGAGCCUUAUAGCAACCCGUGACCAAGCAUCAUCAUCCUCUUCUCUCUGAAUAACAAGUGUUUAUUGCGUCUAAUUUGCAUUUGUAUUUAAAUUAAAUAAAAACAAAACCAUCUUUCUGGCACAAAUGCUUCCUUGGCAUUGCCUUAACCGGUUUAUGUUUCAUGGUUAUUUCUGGUUUAA